UGGAAUCUAUUGUUGUAUUGAAGUCGUGUUGAGAAGGGUCUAUUUUUUUGGAUAAAUCAAAAUGAAGGUGUUCAUUUACUGUGUGCUGAUGGUUAUGUCAAUGGCUGACGUUAGUGUUGGCGAUUUAUCUAUUUCAGACACCUGCGAUAUAGUCCCUAUAUCCCAAUGGGGGGGUGAGGCAUCGUCACGUGUUAGCAAACUACCUCAUCCUGUGGACUUGGUGGUCGUCCAGCACACUGCGUCUGCGGACUGCCUAACUGACGAGCAGUGUGAAAGCACCCUUAGAGGCAUUCGAUAUUAUCACAAACAUGAGCUGGGAUACGACGAUAUUGCGCAAUCUUUCUUGAUUGGCGGCAACGGAAAAGUGUAUGAGGGAGCGGGCUGGUCCCGCGUGGGCGCACACACACGGAAUUACAACAACAGAUCUGUCGCCAUUUCCUUCGUGGGAAACUUUAUGAACAAACUCCCAUCAUCAAAGGCGUUGCAAGCAGCUCUAGACCUUAUUACCUUCGGCGUCAAGAACGAUUAUCUCUCAGCAGACUACCACGUGGUGGGUCACAGGCAGGUGUCCCGCACCCUCAGUCCUGGAGACGUCCUGCAGAAGGAAGUGGAGGUCUGGCCUCAUUGGAUACAGAAUAUAAAUUGAUUUUUAUUCUAUCGAUGGCGGAGAAUCAAGACGCAAUAAAUAAACAAAUUGUUUGACUGGCGCAAUAGCACCGUUUCGUAAAGUAGACGUAAGUUUUGUUUUGUAA